AUGGAAAUUAGAGAAGCAGCUGCUGUAGACAUGGACAAGCAAGUAGUGCCCAAAACCUUAUCUGAAAUUCUGUUUGAAAAUGCCAUGAAAGACCAAUGGAAGCAAGUUGUUGAGACUUACAAGAAAAACGAUGAGAGCCACAAGGCAGUGCUCACAGCAUCAUCGGAUACUGCUUUGCAUUUAGCAGUCUCAGAUGGGAAACCUGAGAUCGUGUCUGAAUUGGUGGAUAGCCUAGGCAAAAAUGCUUCAGAGAUUCUGAAAAUGAAAAACAAGAGAGGAAAUACACCUCUUCAUACAGCAGCAGCAUUGGGAUAUUUGAGCAUGUGCCAUCAAAUGGCUUCCAAAGAUCACAGCCUUAUUGCUGAAUGCAACAAUGAGAAUGAGACCCCUCUUUUCUUGGCAGCCCAUUUUGGCCACAAAGAUGCUUUUCUUUGCCUCCAUUUUCUUUACAAAGGAAGCCGCUCGGAGAUUUUGCGGAGGAAGGCUAAUGGGGAUACCAUUCUUCAUGCUGCCAUUAAAGGAGAAUUCUUUAGUUUGGCAUUUCAAGUCAUACGCAAAUAUCCAGAGCUUGUGAACGAUGUUAAUGCAGAUGGUUUCACUCCUCUCCAUAUUUUAGCAGCUAAGCCUAAUGCAUUUAAAAGCGGUAGUCGUCUGGGCCGAUUUGAUUGGAUCAUCUAUCGAUGCUUAAUAGUCAAUGAACCAAAUGAGAUACAUCGUGACAAUAACAACGCCGCUUACCUGGAAAGGUUCAAAGGAAGAAAAGAUCCUUGGUAUCCUGAAAAUUAUGGAACAUGUGCAGAAUUUUUUCGUAUGCUGUUUGGCGUGGUCUUUUAUGGAUUGACAUUGGAAAAGAUUAGGUCGGCGAAAGCUAUAUGCUUCCAGAAAAAUGAUGAAGAGAAUGCAGCUUCACAAAAGAGAAUCAGCAAUCAUGGUAAAGGUCCUGUAGAAGAGGAGGAGGUCAAACAAGACUCUCUCAAAAGAGGCUAUCUUCCACCCAAUUAUGCCACAUUUAUCCAGUUUCUUAAGUUUUUGAUGAAUUUGCUACUAAUUGUUAUGGGAUUUGCUUAUAUUUGGAAUAUUACAGGCUUUCGUAGAAUAAAGAAAAUCAUAGCAAAGAAAGAGAGACACACAUGGGCUUUGCAGGUCAUGAAUGAAUUGAUAGAGAAAACUUCUUUAUACAAAUAUAAUGAAGGAGGGACUGCAAAGGAUGAAGAGUUUGACAUUAAUUUCGACCCACGCCUUUCUGGGGCAGCUCAAGGUGUGGAGGCAGAAAAGAAUGUGUACCCUAAAGUGGAUCAGCUGCGUCAGGUUGGGCCAAAUUCCCCGUUGGUAACCAAAGAAGCUGAAGGUCCCUCAAACAAGGAAGGGAUAUUAGCACCGAUGGAAAGCUUUAUUAAAGAAUAUCGUAUAGUAGGAUCGGUGGAUUCGAAGAGUUCAAAGCUUGCGGUGAAGAUGGCAUUUGAAAAGAAAGUAGCUCAUGAGCCAAAAAGGACUGAGUCGCCUAUCCUGAUAGCAGCAAGGAUGGGUGUAACAGAAAUGGUGGAAAAGAUUCUAGAAAAAUUUCCUGUUUCUAUUCAGGACUUGGAUGCCAAUAACAAAAAUAUCUUGCUUUUGGCAGUGGAGAACAGGCAAACUCAUACUUUUCGGUUCCUAAUAGAAAGAAAAACUCCACUGCAUGAAAGCGUUUUUCGACAGCGGGACAACCAAGGGAACAAUGCAUUGCACCUUGCAGCCAAAUAUGGAGAAUAUCGGCCUUGGCUCAUUCCAGGAUCUGCAUUACAAAUGCAAUGGGAACUCAAAUGGUACAAGUUUGUCAAGAAUUCCAUCUCACAGCAUUUGCUUGUUCAUUACAACCGCAAGAAUCAAACGCCAAAACAAAUAUUCACUGAAACACACAAAUCUAUUGUCAAGGAUGGUAGUGAAUGGCUCACCAAAACCUCCGAAUCAUGCUCUCUGGUAGCAGCACUUAUAGCAACAGUAGCAUUUGCAACUUCAGCGACUAUUCCAGGUGGAGUCAAGGAAGAAACUGGAAAACCAGUUCUUGGGGAUGAACCUGCAUUUUCUGUCUUCUCCAUUGCAUCCCUAGUAGCCCUUUGCUUCUCUGUGACAGCCCUCGUCUUUUUCCUGGCAAUCCUCACCUCUCGAUUCGAAGAGAAAGAUUUCGCUCAUAAAUUGCCUUGGAAACUCAUUCUGGGUUUAACAGCAUUGUUCACUUCUAUAGCUGCAAUACUAGUCUCAUUUUGUGCAGGCCAUUUCUUCGAACUCAGAGAUAAAUUAAAAUUCGCAGCCUUCCCAAUUUACGUAGUAACAUGCUUGCCAGUAUCCUUCUUUGCUCUUGCACAAUUGCCUCUUUACUUUGAUCUUCUACGAGCUAUCAUCCAAGAAGUUCCACAGCGCAGUAACAAGGAGUUUACUCACUAGCUAGACUGCUAGCAUUUUUCAUGGCCAUACUUGUUUUCCAAUUUUUAUCAAUGGUUUUUUUUUUUUUUUUAAACAAUGGUAAUGUUUCAUUAAUAAAUCUGUCUUACUUUCUGCAUGAAUAAUAUGCUGUACUCUUGUACCCAGACUUUACCUUCGUGACUCUGUAAACCAGAUUUUGCUAGUAUAUGAGCUGCUUUGUUUCUAGCAUGAAAGACUACAGUACAAGACUAGGAUGAAAGAUCAUGACUUGCUUGUUCUA